AUGGAUGGCAUAAAGAUUUUGGCGACGUUCUCGGUACUAGUACUGUUCUACAAGCUUUUUACGUACAGCAAGAAAGGUGGUGUUUCACAGAAGGAGGCUGUGAAGGCACUGUUGAAGACAGAGUUUAGGGAGUUUGAGUUGGUAGAGAAGGAGCAAUUGACACAUAACACUGCAAAAUACAAGUUCAAGCUCGCAGAUGAGUCACAUGUGUUGGGGUUGCCAAUUGGUCAGCAUAUCACUGUUAAAACCAUAAUUGGUGGCAAGCCAGUGAGCAGAUCAUACACGCCAACCUCUCUGGACGAAGAAUGUGUCGGGUUCUUUGAGUUGCUAGUCAAAUCUUAUCCUGAAGGUAAUAUCUCCAAGCACAUUGGUGACAUGAAGAUUGGUGAAAAAAUCAACAUAUCUGGUCCUAGAGGAUUCUACGAGUAUGUGCCAAAUGUUCAUAAACACCUUGCCAUGGUUGCUGGUGGUACUGGUAUAACUCCAAUGUUUCAAAUAAUGAAGGCUAUUGCCCGGGACCCCAGUGAUAAGACCAGAGUAACUUUGCUGUAUGGUAACGUGCUAGAAGAGGACAUACUUUUGAAGCAAGAAUUGGAUGACCUUGUCAAGCAAAGACCGGAUCAGUUCAAGAUCACCUAUCUUCUUGACAAACCGGAGCGUGACGACUGGGAAGGCGGUGUAGGCUACGUGACAUUGGAUCUCAUGAAGGAAUCCUUCCCAUCUGCGGAAGAGGACGUUCAAUUGCUCGUCUGUGGUCCGCCAGGCAUGGUUUCUUCUGUCAAGAGGAACGCCGUCGCUCUCGGAUUCCCAAGGGCCAAGCCUGUCUCAAAGAUGGAAGACCGUGUGUUUGUCUUCUGA